AGGAGAUUUUUAAAUGUCGCAAGUGGUGUUUAUUGAUUUUUUGAAGUUCUAGUCGUCUAAUCGGUUAUUAUAUUAUAAAUAAUUAUUCCAUAGUUGGGAUUUUUAUUGUAGAUGUAUGAACCCGAGUAAAGAAUCACAUUUAAAUAGUAUUAUUGGAAAAUUGGACACAGUAAUCUAAAUAUAGCAAAUAUGCCGGCGGAAUCAUUGUAUUCCCUAUAUUGUAAAAAAGAGAACGCACAUGAAGAUCCUAUUUACUGCAUUGUUUGGACAACAAUAAAACCAACUGUUGAUUCUAAUGCAACACCCCAAGAAUAUGUAAUAUCUGGAGGACUUGAUGGAUAUGUAAAGAUAUGGAAAGUGGUUGAUAAGGAGUUUGAACUAUUUCACCUCCUGGACGACCAUGAGCUAGCUAUCAUAUCCAUAGCAACUAGCCCAGAUGGACGUACAAUCGCAACAACCUCAAUGGACUUCCACUUGAUGCUAUGGGAUACACUGUCUGGCAACAAGAUACGGCAUGUAAUGAAUACAGGACCCGACAUUUGGAAGGUGAAAUUCUCGCCUGAUGGCAAUUUCAUCGUAGCCAGUGGACACUGUGGCAAGCUGGCUGUGUACAGUAUUGAGCAAGACAGCAUUACGCAGUAUCUUGAUACGAGGGAGAUGUUUGCUGUGUGCGUCGCUUGGAGUGGAAACGGUAAGCACAUUGCUAGUGGUUCAAUAAAUGGGAAAACUUGCAUCUUCAACGUCGCCCAGAGCAAGUUGGUACAUUGCUUGGAUUCACACACACACACAAUCACAAGCAUUGAUUUCUCACCCAACUCCAAAUUACUUGCCACUGGCUCUAAAGAUGGAUAUUUGAAGCUUUUUGAUGUAGCCAGCGGCAAUAAUCUAUACAGUCAUCACAUAAAGCAUUGGGUGCUUAUUGUGAACUUUUCGCCGGAUGGGAAGCGAAUAGUCUUCGGGAACUCUGGUGGUCAGGUCGUUAUCACAACGGUUGAUGGAUUGAAGGUCAUUUACAGUUUCAAUGAGCAUUCUAAAAUGGUUUUUGGAGCUCAAUUCAACCGCAAAGGAAACAAAGUUGCUUCUAUAUCUAAAGAUCGAUCUAUAUGUUUGUAUGAAUGCCCUGUACCAAAGUCUGAAGAUAAAUUAAAUUAAUGUAUGUGUAUUUAUGAUUAAUGUAUAUUUAUGAUUAAGUGUCAAUAAAUUAUAUUUAAAUGUUGA